GAAAAAGAAAAGAAAAGAAAAACUUGGCAGAAAAGAAAGUUGAUGUGAAAAUGGGAAAUGAGAGAAAGGAAGAACCACGGCUCAUGGCAUAUAUUCCCCCCAGCAUAACCCCACUCAUGUUUCCAGAUAUGGAGUGAGAACUUAGGACAUUCCAACAACUCUCCAUUUAUAAAGAGAACUACAGGUUGCCACACAUUCAAGCAUAGCUGAGCUCAAAGGAUCAAAGUCACCCCCACCCCCACCCCCAUUUUUCAUUUUUCCAAAAGCCAGCCAUAAAAAUUGGAAAAUGGGCCAUCAACAUAUGCACAAUCAAGACACCAGCUUGGUUUUAUCCAGUGAUGCUAAGCCAAGGCUCAAAUGGACUCCAGAACUUCACCAGCGAUUCGUUGAUGCCGUCACUCAGCUUGGAGGAGCAGACAAGGCAACGCCUAAAACUUUGAUGAGGGAGAUGAGCAUUCCUGGACUCACCUUGUAUCACCUAAAGAGCCAUUUACAGAAAUAUAGGCUGGGGAAAAGCCAACAAUCAGUUUCCUAUCAUGAAAUUAAGCAACAAGAGUGCAAAGCAAGUCAGAGAAGAGAAGCUCAUUUCAGCGGGGAAGCUGGUGAUGAAGCCCAGAAUCAGAUUAACGAAAGUUUCCAGAUAACUCAGGCUCUGCAACUGCAGAUGGAGGUGCAGAGGAAACUCCAUGAACAAAUUGAGGUGCAAAGACAUUUGCAGCUGCGAAUCGAAGCUCAAGGGAAGUACUUACAAUCAGUACUUGAGAAAGCACAAGAAACACUUGCAGGCUACAAUUCUUCUUCAGCUGGAGUGGAACUUGCCAAAGCUGAACUAACCCAGUUAGUCUCAAUGAUUGACAAUGGAUGCCCAAGUUCUUCCCUGUCGGUACUAACGGAAAUCGGCGGCUCAACCUUAAAAGAUACAGAGAAGAAUCCAAUGGCAGGUACUGGGUGCUCUUUGGAAAGCUCCUUGAUAUCAUCUGAGAGCUCAGGGUGGAAGGAAGAGAAGCAAUCCAAUAAUGGCAAUUCCCUCGUGCUCACUCUGAUGGAUAUGCAUCCAAGGCCAAAGGAAAAUGGGAGGAAGAGAACUGGAAGCACCAUUUCUGAUGCUCGUUGUGAUGAACAAUUACAUGGAAAGAGAUCACAGGCCGGUGGCCAAUUGAGAACGACCAUUGAUCUGAACAGCCAGUGUGCGAAUGACUUUGAUUCAGCUCUUCCAAAAGGAAUAGACUUGAAUUCAAGGGAUCAGAAGCCCAGUUCAAAAGAAAUGUUUGAUGAUUUGAGAACUUGAUACCAAGGUGGAUUCAAGUGAUAUAUACCUAAUAAUAUAAUGGAUUGGUUCUUAGAGCAUAUAUUUGGCUGUAAAUACUAUGUAUAUGGUUGUGGAUGGACCCCCAAUUAGCAUAUCCUUGUUGAAAGAUGAUAAUAUACUUUUGUAUUCUCUCUCUC